GAUGAGCUCCGAUGAGGUUCAGUCUGGAGGAAGAGAUCGCAACUAAUUAAGGGUGAAGAUGAAGCUGAAUUCUUUGUCGCUGCUCUGCUUGCUGCUGCUUUUGUUUUACAUCCCCUUUUCACUGACCAAGGGAGGAUCAAAAGGGGGAGGAGGAUCAAAAUCGGGAGGAGGAUCAAAAUCGGGCGGAGGAGGAGGGUGGUUCGGAUCGUCCUCUAAAACGUCUAACAAAGGCCACGCUAAAUCUGAUUCUCAUCACAAGAAAACUCAGAGCAAAUCUCAGAGUACAGUUCACAAACAGUCAGGGAAAAACCAGCAAGGGACCAGACUGGAUUACCCACAAACAGCUGGGGCCGUUCAUGGGAGGUACAGCAGUCCAGGGGGCUACCCGGGGGGGUACAUCAACCAGAACCCAAACAACGUGAUCAUGAGUCCGCACUACGCCGGUAGCUUUGGUUAUGGGGGUUAUCAGACUUCGGGUGGCUCUCUGUUUUCUAACAGAAUUGCAGGACUGGGCCAUGUGCCCAGCUACCAGUCCAGAGGGUUCGGUCACAACGCAGCGAGGGCUGCAGACGGAGGAGCCAUGAACCGGAUGGCCCUGGGCUAUGGGUUAGGAAGGUUCCCCCGCCCCCACUUCCACUUCCAGGACUCUCAGCAGGAGUAUCACUACAAUCGGUACAUGUACAACAAAUAUGGCACCCGGUCAACUAACACCAACGACUACAGCAGAGACUACGCGUACAGUCCGUCCCCCCAGGCCCAGACCUACGAGAGCUUCAUGAAUUCAUGCAUGAAGAGGUCUGACCUUCUCCCUGUACGGAGUGAAAAACCACGAAACAAACCGGCGAAAACUAACGCGACUGCAGCCGUGCGCUCGGUUCCCGUGUCGAAAACUGUCAGAAACACCACGGAGGGAGACGGCGUUAACGGCACAGCCACAGUGAACACAGACACCUCCACCCUCCCUCUGAAUCAGUCUGACGCUGCCAACGCCGUUCCUCCAGCCUCACUGGCCGCCAGCAGCGUGAAAGACGACGACGACGAUGACGACGACACAGUCAGCAUCGUGGAGAUCGGCUACCCGGCACUGAUCCAGCAGAUGAAGGCCAAGAGAUGCUUGGAGCUGUACCUGGACCAGUCCGAGCGGUACAUGAAGAGGCUGCAUGGACGGGUACGCGGGCUGAAGAUUGAAUUUCAGGGGCUUUUAGCUGUGCUCAUCAUCUCUAUGCUGAUGCUGCUGGAUUAGGUCAGGAACACGCUGCGUAGUGUUGCAGGUCGCCCUGUUCCUCUUGGUUGAAUGAGAAAUGAACAUGCACUGUGUUUUACUGGGUUUGUCUCUGUUUGCCUUGAAGUGGAUAAAGGGCGAUAGGUGAUGGAUAAAUAUAUCAACUGAGCUUUAAUACUGAAACAUGUUGACUGUGAGGUGAAUCCGCAUGAAGCCAUUAUAUUAUUAUGUUCAAGAACAUAUUGGGAACAACGUAUUGAUCAAACCAGCACGCUUAAUGCACUGAAUAUUCUGCCGAAGUAAUCGAUCAUAUCUACAUACAUAAUGACUGGAUACUGUGUCUGUUGGUGCUCGUUUUAAGUAGAAAACUGCCAUUACAAACACAUAACCAGACUGAUGGAUGUUCUUUUAAUACCUGGAAGUCAGUACAAACAACGAGUGCCUUUCCUGAAUUUUUGACCAUUUUGUUAAUCAUUUCUCCGUGCUUACUGUGCCUGUACGUCGUUAACCCACUUUCUAUCACCUCUGUCCUCUGCUGUGCUUCACUGUCUUCUGCGUCUUAAUCACAUGAGUGCUUUUAAAGUGUAACAUCUCAGAUGUGUGUAUGUGAAGUUAUCUUGCACUAUAUUCAGCAAUUAUGGUAUUAAAAGACUGUAUGUUUAAGACAGCUGAUAAGAUUUGCAUCAAUCUUUAUAGUCAAUGAAGCUGGUGACUA